ACACUUAUUUGUAGAGGUCAAUAUAUUAGGACAUAUGUUCGAGAUAUUCCUUUUAGAAUCAUGGAGUACAAGAUAUACUUUCUGCUCUUUGGAACUGCGGCAUUUCUUCAUCAGAUUUCGGCAUUUUUGUGGUUUUUCCCCAAACCUACACAAAGUCCAGCAUGCGAAAUGGUUCCGGAAUAUUUAAAUUUGAGACAAGCAAUCAGAAGUCAGCCAUGUUUGAGCAACACACAAAUUUGGUCCAUGCUUGAGUCUGUUGCAAAACACAAGUAUGCUUGCAUGCAUCGUGCAAUUACAGAAAUGAAAGCGGAUGUAGAUGCUGCAGAAGAUCAUGGAGAACAUUGCCACUGCAAUGCUUAUUUUCAGAAGACCAAUUUUAUGAACAUACCUGGUAUUGCUGACCAAAGCGGGGAUUGUAUUUUCUGGAACCCGGACUGUCAUUAUCUGAUGGGUUAUUUCUAUUUACUUAUCGGACAAAUCGAGCAGAAAUCUCCGUGUCGUUCUCAUCACCACGUUUGGAAACAUUUGGAUGCCAUGCACGCCCUUGGACGGGAUAUUUACUUAAUUCAACAUCUUAGUCAUACGUUUUCAUCGGGACGACAGGAUACAUGUACUUGCAAAGAUAGUCGUCCAACAACAUCAGUGUCAUCCACUUCUAUAAGGACAUCAACGGCGAUCACAACUACCCCUGUAGAGACCUCAAAAACGUCGUCAUUUACCCAAGGUCUGAUAUAUACUGCAACUUCACCCCAUCGUUCUACAGAUAAAAAUAUUCCUGAAAUCACAACAAAAGCUUUUCCUUCAUGUAAAAAGUAUGAAAUUAUUUCUGACGUUGCAAGCUCUAAAUACGAAUCCCAUGCAGAUGCCCGACUAUGUUCCUCUGGCAAAAAGACGUCGCACGAGGCACUAGUUAUGGCAAAUUGUGAUGCUGGGCCAACAAGUGCCUGGAAGACAGGCGAAAAUGUGAUGUCUAUAUGUUCAUCGCUUCCCUCUUACACACCGAUUGCUUCAAUAUCCAGUGGAAAUACAGGACUGAAUUGGGGCAGAUCGGGAAUAUUUGUAGGUUGUCUUGGUAACGGAUUUAAGAUGGUGUAUCAAGACUGCGAUACGGAACCGAGUUUUGUUCAUGUUAUCCGUGGAAAGGGGACCGGAACGCACGAUCCAUACAACUACUUUGUCAUUUCAAAAUAGAUACAUUAUUCAUGUGGCUUUUUUGAAAAAUGUAGCCUUCUCG